AAACCAACACUUUCUUCUUUAUUCUUUAACCCAUCUCAACCUAAAAGCUUUCUUCUUUAUCACCUGAAAAUAAUCUAAGCUAAUUAAUGGCUAGUAAUCAGUCCAAACCAGACGAUUCCCUUGAAAAUCUAAGAAUUGUUGUUGAAAAGAACCCUUCAGAAUCAAGGUUAUCUGAGCUAGGCAUUAAAUCUUGCCCCAAAUGGGCGUGUUCACCAGGGAAGUACCAGCUGAGAUUUGAUGCAGAAGAGACAUGUUAUUUGGUGAAAGGAAAAGUUAGGGUUUAUAAAAAAGGAUCAACAACAACAGAAGAGACAGAGUUUGUUGAAUUUGGAGCAGGAGAUCUUGUUACUAUCCCUAAAGGACUUAGUUGUACUUGGGAUGUUCUUCUUUCUGUUGAUAAAUUUUACACUUUUGAUUCUUCUUAAUUAUUAAUUACUAUUUUGUUCUUAAUUAGGAGUAGGUAUGACUAUGUUGACAUCUUGUGUGUCCUUUAGACCUUUUGUUAUUAUUAAGCAAUAAAAACGUGCAAAAAUCA